GGGAUAUCUAUGGGCGUUCAGGUGAGCGAAAGUAUGGAUGCAGAAAAAGAGACAUUUUGAAUUUAAAGAUACGACUAACAUUACCAAAACAAUUUAGUUGGGGAGACCCCUUUAACGAUGAAAAUUUUGAAGAAAAUGUAGAUGACCAAAAAGAUUGUGGUAGUUGUUAUUCUAUAUCUAGUGUGUAUAGUUUAGAAAGAAGGUUCGAAAUAUUAUUUUGGAAGAAAUAUAAGAAAAAAGUAAAUAUGCCUAGAUUAUCUCAUCAAUCAAUAUUAAGUUGUUCUCCAUAUAAUCAAGGAUGUGAUGGAGGGUACCCAUUUCUAGUUGGAAAACAUAUGUAUGAAUAUGGUAUAAUACCUGAACAGUAUAUGCAUUAUGAAAAUAAUGAUUACAAGAACUGUAUUAUGGAUAUGGGAAAUUAUAAUCAUAUAAAUAAACAAAAUAGAAAUAUAAAGGAAAUUUAUUAUGUUUCAGAUUAUAAUUAUAUAAAUGGAUGUUAUGAAUGUACUAAUGAAUAUGAAAUGAUGAAUGAAAUUAUUUUGAAUGGACCAAUAGUUGCAGCUAUAAAUGCUACCUCAGAAUUGUUAAACUAUUAUAAUAUAGAAGAUAAAAAUGUUGUAUAUGAUAUCCUACCUAAGGAUACUCAUCAAGUAUGUGAUGUACCUAAUAAAGGAUUUAAUGGAUGGCAACAAACAAACCAUGCAAUUAAUAUUGUAGGAUGGGGUGAACAAAUAAUUAAUAAAGAUAAAAUGAAAAAUGAUGAUACGAACAAUAAUAAUAAUGAUAAUAAUCAUAAAUUAGUAAAAUAUUGGAUUAUAAGAAAUACAUGGGGAAAAAACUGGGGAUAUAAAGGUUAUCUCAAAUUUCAAAGAGGUAUUAAUUUAGCAGGUAUUGAAUCUCAAGCUGUUUAUAUCGACCCAGAUUUUUCUAGAGGAUACCCAAAGAAUAUACUACAAUCCGAUCCUUUGCAAUAA